AUGAGUGAAUUUGGUGGGGGAUCUGAUCCUCCAUCUCCCCCUAUUUCGAUCACAUCGUCUGAGUCGUCCAUGAGCAGUGGCUUUGAUGCUAAUCGAAUUGCAGAGGUGAAGGCAUGGCUCGUUUCGCAGUUUGAUGCAGCCGGGAAAGACGUGCCGGAUUUCGAGUACACUCCCCGGAGCAUCUCUCACUUGCACAAUAUAGCCACCCUUUCGCAGGCGAAAACUCAGGCGGCCACCAUUGUGGCCGGUGAUUUCCGUCUGAAAGCUGCCGAGUAUCGUUCACAAGCUGCUAGGAUAAGAGAGAUACUAGAACAUGUGGGAUUGGCACAGGAGAGUUUCCCAUCGAAUGUGGUGUCGUCUUCCCAAGUUCUUGCAAAUGUGGCAAAUCUGUUGAAUAUUAGGGAUACAGAACUAAGUAGUUUUCUUGUGGCAAUGGCGGAUCUAUCCCUGAGAAAAACGGCAGUAGAAGAGAAGAGAGCCAAAGUACAGAAGGAGUCUAAGGAACUUCUCGACUAUACUCGAAAGGCAAUAGCAAGAUUGACUUACUUGAAAAGAACACUUGCACAAUUGGAGGAUGAUAUAGCUCCUUGUGAAGCUCAGAUGGAACACUGGAAAACGAACUUGGCCAUAAUGGAAUCAAAGGAAAGACAGUACUUGCAGCAAUAUUCUAAUUAUAAGGCAUUGCUCAAUCGUGUGGGAUAUAGCCCUGAGAUUAGUCAUGGGGUGUUGGUUGAAAUGGCCGAGCACCAGAAGGACCUGGAGAAGAAAACAAAACCAAUACUCGAGACACUUAGAAGCUACCAGGAUUUACCCCCGGACAAGGCAUUGGCAGCACUUGCUAUUGAAGACAAGAAAAGGCAAUUUGCUGCUGCCGAGAAGUACCUUGAAGAUGUGCUUCAAUCGGCUCUAGCUUCUUCCGAGUGA